ACUUCCGGGUUAAAAUGUGACGUCACAUAUUGGAAAAGAAGAAAACACAAAGACACUUUUACCUUGAUUUAAAAAUAAUAAGGAACUUUAUGGGGUCCACUUUAUGGUAGAAAAAAUCGAAUCAAAUAUCUAAGUAGAGAAGAAAUGAGUGAACUCACUCCAGACGAGAUAAGGAGAAGACGUCUGGCCAGGUUAGCAGGAAACCAGACUACCCCUCCAGAUGGAGACAGGUCAUCGGGAACCCAGUCUACACCUUCUAGUCAGUCUUCAGAAAGACAAUCAAGUCAGUCAACACCAAGUCAAUCAUCAGUAGACACUUCACAGAGACGAACUCUUCCAAGUACUUUAAGUGUAGACCCAAUCACACCAGACUCACAGAGAAGUAUGGAAGUGGAUUCAGAAUGCUCAGAAAAACAAUUCCAGUCUCAGAUGGAUGUUGAUUCUGGAAUAGAAACCAUGGAAGUUGAUGAAACAGAGACUAAAUAUGAUGUGAAACGUCGACGGGAGGUCGGUGCUGAAGCUAAUGAAGAACAAAUGUGUAGUGCAAUAAGGUCAAUAUUCCUGGUGUCCUGGAAAGAAAGUUCGUCUGAUACACUUCAUUUACCACAACUUAAGGACUCAGUAGAUGAAGGUUGUAUAGAUUAUAAAGAUUUAGUGAAUGAGACAGUAAUGGAGGUAUUGCUGAAGAUACGAGAGAGCCCUGAUAAUCCUAUCCUGAAACUAAGAACUGCAUCACCAAGGAAACCAGGCUCCAGUCCUAAAACAUCUUUAGCCCCCAGUUUACAACUACGGAGAGAAUUUAAGUAUGCACCAGAGAAAUGUAAGGAUACAGAUUUGAUAAACUAUUUACUGGACAGCUAUGAUAGAGUAGCCAUUGAAGAAAGAACAGCUCCUAAGAGAGCAAGUAUGCCACCUAUGAGUACAAUGUUAUCUUCAGCAAGGAACCAAUGUGUCUGUCAUACAGCUAUGGUUUUACAAGGAGUUUUUACUAGACCAAGAUCUGGAAUGUCCUUAUUAUUACCUUAUUUAUUGUCUCAUAAUCUUCCUCGAGGAUUUCUACCAGAACUUGUACAGACAAUCUGUCCUGAUAAAGAUUCAUUCUGUAUGAUAUUUGAACCAGUUCUGCACUGUUUAACACGAAUGAUCCAUCCUUUGUCUCUAGAUAGUGAUGAGUAUAAAGACCCUCUCUGUGUGUUGACAGAGCUAUGUGAUAUAAAAAGUGGCAAUACAAGACCAGUCUGUUCACUGAUAGUAAAACAGAAUAACUGGUUACCCGAUUCUUUAACACAAGCGGCAGGGAUAGAGUUAGAGAAGUUGUCCAUGUUAGGACCAUUUCUUGGUUUAUCAUUGUUUGCUGAAGACAAUACUAGAGUAGUAGAAAAAUAUUUUUCUGGCCAUCAGUUAACACCAGACAAUAUCAGGAUAACACAACAGUCAUUACAACAUGGCUUAGAAUUUGUACGAAAUGAAUUAUAUAAGAUAAUGCAUACUAUUCUAGUCAACUCUGAGAGCAGAGAUUCAGCCUUGUCUUUCAUAGCCACAGCUUUAGAGAGAAACUCUAAAAAAUCUCAAAUACAGGUAGAUGAGCGAUAUGUUGCAGGAGACGGCUUUAUGUUGAAUUUAUUGUCAGUAUUACAGAUGUUAACUGUCAAUAAAAUUAGUCUAGAAAAGGUAGAUCCUUAUUAUCCAUUUCAUCCUAAUUCCCGUGUCAGCAUUAAGUCAGAAACACGACUUCGAGCUCUGCCUAAUGAUUGUGACAAGUGGACAGAAAAACUCAAAUCUGAGAAGAAGCCCCCAUGGCAGGAUCCUAAGUUUCCUACAGAAUGCUUCUUUGUGACGUUACACUGUCAUCAUCUCUCUAUUGUACCUGCCACACGACGUUACCAACAAAGGUUAAAGGCCAUUAGGGACGUCAGUCGUAUGGUGGAUGAACUAGAGAACACAGAACCAAUCUGGAGUAAACUUCCUAAUGCUGCAAGAAAUAAAGAACUUCUAAAAAAAUGGAAAUCUCAGGUCCAGAGACUAAAUAAAAGUAAACUUUGUGCUGAUGCCGCUGUGUUAGAUGAAUCUCUGUUAAGAAGAUGUUUACAAUUCUAUGAAGUCCAUUCUGAUUACAUGUUAAAAGUAGCCGAUCCUAAAAGUUCAGGAGUAACCCUACCACUUCCCUCAGACGUCCCCAUGCAGUUUGCUGCUUUACCAGAUUUUUACAUAGAAGAUUUGGCAGAAUUCUUACAGUUUAUUCUUCAAUAUGUACCCCAUGUGGCAGAUGAUCCCUCUAUGGACAGAAUACUACACUUGUUGGUAGUAUUAGUAUGUAGCAGUAAUUAUAUUGGAAACCCAUAUCUGAUCGCUAAACUAGUAGAAGUUAUCUUUGUGAUGAACCCUGCCGUACAACCUCGGAGUCAGAGUCUCAAUGAGAAAUUUUUAAUGCAUCCAUUAGCUUUACAACAUUUAGUUCCAGCUCUCAUGAACUUUUAUACAGAUAUUGAGUCCACAGGAGCUAGCAGUGAAUUCUAUGAUAAGUUUGCUAUAAGAUAUCAUCUAAGUAUUAUACUAAAAGUAAUGUGGACAAUACCAGCUCAUCAGAACAGAAUGAUAGAAGAAGCCAAGAAAGGCAAGUCAUUUGUAAAGUUUGUUAACAUGUUAAUGAAUGAUACAACGUUUUUAUUGGAUGAAAGUUUGGACUGUUUAAAACGUAUUCAUGAAAUUCAAGAGGCAUUAGAAAAUACAGAAGAAUGGGAGAAACAGUCAAGGGAGCAGCAGCAAUCACGACAACGACAACUAGCUAUGGAUGAGAAGCAAUGCAGAUCUUACCUCACCCUGGCCACAGAAACAGUUGAUAUGUUCCACUAUCUAACACAGAAAAUCAUUGGUCCUUUUCUGGACUCACAUUUAGGGGACAGACUGGCAGCUAUGUUAAACUUUAACCUUCAACAGCUAUGUGGGUCAAAGUGUAAAAACUUGAAGGUGAAAAACCCAGAGAAAUACGGAUGGGAACCUAAAAAACUGCUGGAUAGUUUAACGGAUAUAUAUCUACAUUUAGACUGUGAUGAUUUUGCUAAAACUAUAGCUAAUGACGAGAGGUCCUAUAAAAAGGAAUUGUUUGAUGAUGCAAUAGGUAGAAUGAGGAGAGCCAGGAUUAAGACGGAACAAGAGAUUGAUAAAUUCCGUAAACUACAAGAUAAAGUGGAAGAAUUAGUCAGGGAUAAAAACUUAGCAGAAACUGACUAUGGGGAAAUUCCUGAAGAAUUCAAAGAUCCUUUAAUGGACACCUUACUAGAUGACCCUGUGAUAUUACCUAGUGGAACAGUGAUGGAAAAGUCCAUUAUAAUGAGGCAUUUAUUAAACUCACAGACCGACCCUUUCAAUAGACAGCCCCUCACAGAGGAUGAAUUAAAACCAGCUACAGAUCUCAAGAAGAAAAUUCAACAAUGGAAGAUUGAGAAAAGGAAACGUUAGAAUGAAUGGAAUGUUUGUAAUGGAUGAAUUGUCAUGGAUGUUUGUUAGAAAAACUUUUGUCCAUGUAUCUGUGAAAUAUAUGGACCAUCUCAAAGAUUAUACUUUAGUCAUAAUUUACAGCUGUAUGGACCAUCUCAAAGAUGAUUCUUGACUAAAAUAAUUCAUUUAUUUUGUGACUGUGGAUCAAUUGUAUGACAGGUCAAUUUUCUCUGAUUUGUAAAAUUAAUGAGUAUUUAAAACUAUAAUAUUGUAGCUGCAGGAUUAAGCUGGAGUCACUUUUUAUCUUGGUAGCAUUUAUUUUACUGGAAAAAAGAUUUCAUUUGGCAUUUGAAUCGUCAUAAUAAGAAAAUAGUUCAAAAUUGUUAAUCUGAAUCUAAUUAUUUCUGAAAUGUUUGUCUUAAUAUUAAGUGUAAGAAAAAUACACUUCAGUGUGUAAGGGGCUACAGAAACAGUGAAUGUUAAUAAACAAUAGUUUUUGGAUUGUUUAUGUAAUUCCGUUAUUUAAAGAUCAGAUUGAUAAUGUUUUAAAUGAUCCUUGACAUGUCGAUGUUAUGUAUUUAUUGAAGAGAACAUUGGAGCUAUAAAAUAGCUAUUGUUUGUAUUAAUCUCUUAGUUUGUUCACCUUUCUUUGACUCAUAAUAACAUUAUGGGUGUCAAUGUACAAUCUGGUUUAUAAUUGUAAGCUAUAUUUAAUUGAUAAGAUAUGAAUCAUUCAAAAGAUUUUUGUGUGCAAUUAAGAAAUAAACAUGCUUUUCCUUGGAUAAGGGCAUUUGUAGAUUUCCAAGCGAAAAGUAUGAAGCCUUUGAAGUAAAUAAUUUCAAAACCUAUUUCCUCUUGUUCAAUUAACCUGGCAACAAUGAUGUUGUGAGUUCAAACCAUGAUCUUGGCUAUAUGUGAUAGAGAGGUCUUUAUUUGACUAAGAGCCAGUGAGUUAGAUAGAAAUACCUAAUUUUUUUCAUCUGUUUAAAAGAUGAGAAUUCCUCAUGAAAGAAUGUAUUUAUAAAAUGUACAAAUAAUUAUGUGCUGGAUUAUUCACAUUGGGCAUACAACAGUUGUUAUGUCAUGCUCUGUUCUCAUACAGGACAAGAAUAGGAAGGGAAUCCAAUACUGAAUUGUCAUCAAUUUAUAAAGAGUGAUAUUUAUAGAUAUCUCUUUGACUAAUUAUUCUCAUUUGAGAUAAAGGAGAGUCUUCAUUUUCCUAUGAGAAUAUCUUAAGAGCACAAUAAUUAUAGAUAAGAAUUACAUUAUGAUCAAUCUUUUUUGCUGUUUUGUGAUACAAACUUUAAGGAGUGUUUAUAAAGGCAUUUUAAUGUAUAUGAAUGAAUGUGGAAUAGAUUUGUGUGAAUAUGUGUGUUAAUAUGCUCAGUUUUGGUUUCCUUUUUCUUUAUUGCAUAGAAAUUGUAAAAGUUUGAUACUAUAUAUAUAUAUACAUCUGGUCAAUAUGUAUGUGUUAUUAAAAUCAAAUAUACAGGAGUGAAAGAAAAUAAUGAUAACUAUUCUGCCAUUGUUUGCACAUUAUAACAUUAACCAGUGCACACAAUCACUUGUUGAUCAAGUGGCAUACAUAGUGGCAUAAAAGUCCAAUACUAUAAGCUAGGGAAAAUCAUUUUUUUCACUGAAUCUACUUGCAAACUUUAACAAUUUCGUUUUGAUCAAAUGAAAAAUGUGGCACAAAAGUGUAUUUUGAAUUAGAUUGACCAAUUAAAAAGCUAUCUUUUGAAUUAACAGGACAAUAUACUCUAUAACUAUUUUAGGAUUGAUGGAAAAUAUUAACAUAUGAUCCUCAUUGAAUGUUAGGCAGUUUCAAAUACAAUAUGUUAGAUCUCAUUGAAUCCUGAUAAAAAAAAAACAUAUUUUACUUAAGUUGCUUGUUAAGUUUCAUCCAGAAAUGACAGGAAUGGUGCAUAGACUUCUCUUCAAGUCUCUUUAAUUAGAUGUGUACACAUCUUUGUGAUUUACUUACAUUAUAUGAAUUAAAACUAUGUACCAGCAACAGUGAUGUAUGACCUAAUAAAAUUUUACAGUUUCUUCGAA